AUGGCCCUUUGGCUGUAUCUCCUUGUCAUUGCUCACAUAAUUGAAAGCACCCCUCUGAGCAGCAGGCAGGCGGCAGGACUAGGCAUCAACCACCGCAGCCUCCCAAACAGAGAGGGACACGGCAGAAGCAGCUACAAGCCAGGCGUCGGCCAGCCACAAACUUUUGCCAGGCAGAGAGACGGCUGCGACAGGCAAAUGGGGAGGCUGAGCCUUGGCCGGGCAGCUGCUGCAGGGCCGCUUGCUUCCCUUCUCCUCGCUCUGCCUGUAGCAGCUGCCUUCCAGGACUCUAUGAGGCUGGAGUCUCUUGAGGAUUUCGACCUGGAGCUGAGCCAGAGAAACGAGUCCGCAGGGCACUCCCACUUCUUCUCCCUGGACUACCACCAUGUCCAGGUGCCCUUUGAAAUAACCUUGUGGAUUAUGCUGGCUUCUUUGGCUAAAAUAGGUUUCCAUCUGUUUGAAAAACUCCCCUCGGUGGUACCUGAAAGCUGCUUAUUGAUCUUUGUGGGCCUCAUCAUGGGGGGUAUCAUCUAUGGUCUAAACGACAAGUCCCCUCCAGUCAUGGACAGUGAUAUCUUCUUCCUCUACCUGCUGCCCCCCAUUGUCCUGGAUGCGGGUUAUUUCAUGCCCAGUCGCCCUUUCUUUGAGAACAUUGGGACGAUCCUCUUGUACGCUGUGGUGGGGACCAUAUGGAAUGUCUUCGGGAUUGGCUUCUCGCUGUAUGGGAUAUGCCAAGUGGAAACCUUCCAGCUGCGUGAUAUAUCGUUGCUCCACAAUCUGUGGUUUAGUAGCUUGAUCGCUGCUGUGGACCCCGUUGCCGUGCUGUCGGUGUUUGAAGAGAUACACGUCAACGAAAAGCUCCACAUUCUGGUUUUUGGAGAAUCCCUCCUCAAUGAUGCCGUAACAGUUGUCUUGUACAAGCUGUUUCGCUCGUAUGCUGAAAUGCCGUCGAUCAAAAUGGCGGACGUGUUUGCAGGAAUCGGGAAAUUUUUCGUAGUUGGGAUCGGGGGCGUCUUGGUUGGCCUCCUCUUCGGCACGAUAGCUGCCUUCACCACUCGCUUCACCAAGAACAUCCGCGUGAUUGAGCCCCUUUUUGUCUUCCUCUACAGCUACCUAUCUUACCUCACGGCUGAAAUGUUCCACCUCUCGGGUAUUGUGGCAAUUAUUGCUUGUGCAAUGGGCAUGAAGCGUUACGUGGAGGCCAACAUCUCUCUGAAGUCCCACACAACGAUAAAAUACUUCAUGAAAAUGUGGAGUAGCGUCAGCGAUACCCUCAUCUUUAUCUUCCUUGGCGUCUCCACCAUUGGCGACAACCACGAAUGGAGCUGGCCGUACAUUUGUUUCACCAUCAUUUUCUGCCUUCUUUGGAGAGCGCUAGGAGUUCUUGUGCUGACUUUCAUCAUCAACAGAUCACACAUCAAUACUGUGACCUCGAAGGACCAGUUCAUCAUUGCCUAUGGCGGACUGAGAGGGGCCAUCUGCUUCUCUCUGGUUUUCCUGCUCCCAAACUUGCCGAGAAAGAAACUCUUUAUUGCAGCCACAACAGUGGUCAUCCUCUUCACAGUUUUCAUACAGGGAAUUACGAUUCGUCCUCUUGUUGACUUGUUAGCUGUCACCAGAAAACAAGAAAGUGCCCCCACCGUGGGAGAGCAGAUUCAUAUCCGUUUUUUGGAUCAUUUGUUGGCUGGCAUAGAAGAUAUAUCAGGACACUGGGGACAGUAUUACUGGAAAGAUAAACUUGAAUAUUUAAACAGCAAAUACCUCCAGAAGUUUUUGCUCCGGGAAUACAUGCAGCCCAAAUCAAGCAUUGUGCUCUUGUACGAGAAACUGGAGAGGAAGCACGCCAUCGAGUUAGCGGAAGCCGGUCAGCUCAUUUAUGGGCCGACCCAUUCCUCGUUGCUCAACAACGACAAACCUACUGCAGCCGGCAAUGACUUGGACAGUCUCAAUCUGGACGACAUGGAUGAUAUCCAAAAGAUAUUGGAAAGGAACCUGUACAAAACCAGGAGAACAGUGCCGGCAUACAACAGGCACACUCUUCCCGGAGAAAAUGAACCAGCUGUGCAAGCCAAGGAGCUCUUGAUCCUUAGACAUAAGAGUUGGCAGAUCCACAUGAACAGUAGCGACUCGGAUCAUUUGACCAAGGAGAAGGAUGAUCCGUGUUCAUUGGAUGGUGGAGCUAACCGUAACUUCAAGUUGUUCCGGUCCCUUACUGUUGGGGAGUCCCGAAAAACUCCGGGUGUGAAAUCCCUCCGAUCCAAAUCAGUUGGCCUUCUUAUUCCUGGACAGCCAGGAAGUGCCCAGUGGAUUUCUGAAGAAAAAAUCAGCAAAAGGACAAACUCUAUGGAAUAGAGAGGCCACGCCUUGGCUGGUCUUCUUUUGGGUCUACAUUUCAUUCUCGAUUCCAUAGAGAACAAUACAUUUGGAUAGUUCUUAUUUCCUGUUAAAAAAAUUAAUAUUGCGGGUCCAAGUUAAUUGAAAUUGUUUUCUGUAACUGUUUGAGUCGUUUCAUGCAGGGGUCUUGAAAUCCUUUUAAACACAGUAGGUUUCACCAUGAAUGUGUGUUUCAUUAACAAUAAGUUCUUGAUCUCUUGAGACCCAUUCAGAAAAAUCUUAUGGUAUAGCCCUCUUAGGGUAACACACUUUCUGUAUGCAGGUGGAAGAGACUGUGACUGAAUUCUCCCUCCUUUAAAACUAAUCUCUGGCUAGAUGGCAAGUCAGAAAGAUUUUAUUGCAGCCUUUUCCCUGACCUGCUAGUUUCCUAUAGGCAGGGAGUUUUGUGUGAGAGGGAGCAUUCGCAUAAACGAUCCCCCUGAAUUGUUUUCUAAAGUGCUGAACUCUCUGAAGGACUGUACCACGUGAUUUUUUCGAACAUGUAGAUUGACCUUCAAAGACUAU